AUGCCGUGGCCUUCUCCAGGCGCACUUACAGAUCCAUUGUUCCAGGAUCUUGACCGCACAUCGCGAUUCUACCUAGCGCAUUUCUCCGAGAGCGUCUGCAAGGAUCUCGUGGUCCGAGACACGCCUGAGAGCAAUCCAUUCCGAGAGCUGAUACCCUUGACGCGGAAGCACCCGCUUCUUUUUCAGGUUCUUAUUGCGACUUCAGCUAUCCACUGGUCCAAUGUCUUUCGCCGCGUUACCAAAAUCCCCAAUAACAUUCCCAAUCCCGGCGAUUACCUCUCUGUGUUACGCUCAAAGGAUCUCGUCACACACCAAGCGCUGAUCGAUGCCUUGACAGCUAAGCAAAAGGCCAUGAGCCACCUCAGGGAGGUGCUUGAUACCCUUGACCCGGCGGGUAGUGAGGUGGCACUGGCUGCUAUGCACUUUUUUAUCAAGUUUGAUUUGAUUGAUUUGGACAAGUCGGAUAAUCAGAGCUGGAGGGCCCACCUUGAAGGCGCUACGAGCAUAAUGGCACUUCUUAACCCGGAUAGUAACCCCGACGCAUCUAGUAGAAUGCUGCGGGACCGGGUCAUUACUGACAGCUUCAUCUAUAACAUUCUGGGCUCAACGUUGACCUCUGGCGGGCUUGCGGCCCGAGUGGCAAGGCAAGCUUUCCAGUUUCUACCUGUCAUGAAACGGGUAGAACUGACGAGUUACUUAUCUUGCCCCCCGGAGAUCCUCAAUAUUAUUCUCUCUGCAUCUGAGCUGUCGCAUGAAGUGCCUUGGACAGACCAGUCAUUGGGGGUGGCAGACAAGGCACUUGCAUUGAUCGACGAAGCCCUUGCUGUUGAUAUUGCAGCUUGGGCGGACUAUCUACGGCAACAUAAUCUCACGCAAGACCUCAAUAGUCGAGUGCGCUUAGCUGCAGCACACCGGUCGGCGGCAUGCCUCUACAUCCUCCAAGCGCUACCGCUAGUUCGGUCAUUGCGUCCUAUUGAUACCGAUUUUCUGCUCCAAGACGUUUUGAGCAAUUUAGCUCUCAUUGAUGAGAACGACCCAUACUUCAAGGCCUCCUCGUGGCCAACGUUCGUUGCAGGGGCUGAGACACGAGACCCUGAAAGACGCACUUGGACCCUGUCGAGAUUGUUGUCAAUUUGGCAGAUUUGUCCGUGGGGGUACCUGUUCACGGCAAUUGAAAUGCUCAAGGCAACGUGGGCGAUGCAAGAUACACGCGGCACAGACAAUGUCAACUGGCUACAUGAUUUACGUGGGAUGGGAUUUGAGAACUUGAUCGUUUAA